CGUGCUUUUUUCUCCAGGAGCCAGACUGGACGACGGACGCCGAUGGCGCUGGGGUCCGCCGCGCCGUACGGCCCGAUGCUCAUGUUGCCCACCCUCAACUUCUCAGUGACACAGGUAGCAGCCGUGUGCGAGACACUCGAAGAAAGCGGCGACAUCGAACGUCUGGGAAGAUUCUUGUGGUCCCUACCUGUCGCCCAUCCGAACUGCGCCGAGCUGAACAAGAGCGAGGCUGUGCUGCGUGCCCGUGCCCUGGUUGCGUUUCAUGCGGGCAACUUCCGCGAGUUGUACCGCAUCUUGGAGAGCCACCGGUUCGCGCGUAGUUCGCACGCUAAGCUUCAGGCCAUGUGGUUGGAGGCACAUUAUCAAGAGGCUGAGAAACUGCGCGGCAGGCCCCUGGGUCCCGUCGACAAGUAUCGUGUCAGGAAGAAGUUUCCAUUGCCUCGUACCAUCUGGGACGGUGAGCAGAAGACACAUUGUUUCAAAGAGCGCACCCGUUCCUUGUUGCGUGAGUGGUAUCUGCAAGAUCCUUACCCGAACCCGACGAAAAAACGUGAACUGGCUCAGGCGACUGGACUGACACCGACGCAAGUGGGGAACUGGUUCAAGAACCGGCGUCAAAGAGACCGUGCUGCCGCUGCGAAGAACCGGUUACUCCAGCAGCAGAUGCAGCAGCAGCAACAACUGGCGCAACAAGGCUACGGGAGUUCGAGCAGUUCCAGCUCGACAGGUUCGCAUCGGCAUCACCACCACCAUCACAAUUCUAAAGUUCCCUCGCCCAGUCCGCCAGCCACCACGGUACCUUCGCACCGAUCCCCUGCCAGACCCAAGUCUCCGACGGAUGACACCAGCUGCGGUAGCUACGGCGAUAGCUCGGCGGCGCCCAGCAGCCCGACCCCGCUCUCCACAAGCUCGGAGUCGAGUCGCACGCCGUCGCCUAGGCCACAAUGACAUGAAGCCCCGCCCGUUCCCCUGGUUUCCGGGGGAGCGGGCGCCGGGGGCAUCGCCGUAGCCCCCGGGCCGGGACCGCUGCCACCUGGGAUACCCGGGCCAGGACUGGCGGUUCCGCUCGCGGAUGCCUUGCCGUCCUUCGAGCAAUACCUGCAGUAUCUCUUUAUGUCCCUGCCACCUCCGCCAGCGCAGCCAGCGCAACCGCCGUUUUACGCAGCGGCAGUUCAACAGUUCCACGAGCAAAGUCUCAAGAAGUCCAUCAGUCCAGACAGAGAGCAUGACGCCGACGAAGAGAGGGUUGACGUUGUGUCGUCUACGCCAGAACCACCGUCGGAAGACGACAAGUGAUCAAGCCUUAUCAGCGGUGCAGUGUGAAACAUAUCACAAGGUCGAUGCUAUGACGUCGGAUGAAUCAGAUCUUGUACUGUAUUCCGCGCGGGAAAUUGAAAACGCAGGUUACUCAGUAGGGCCUCUAUGUAACCUCGAUCGGCGCCGCGAUUAUGUAUGACAUAAUGGUGGCAUCUAGACAGCUCGAAGACCUGCGAAUUAUUCAUCGGAGGAACCUUGAGACCUUGUGCAGGAGUGUAUAGUGUUCGCGUACAGUGUGUGUUCAGCUGAAGCUCGAAGAUAUCAGAAAAAAAAAAAGAACUUUGUAAUUGCACCAUCGUGACAGAUGAUAAGUCAUGUACGAGCUGAACCCUAUCCACGAACGCAAACCCUGUGACUUCUAGAAGACCAAUUUCAGCAACAAGGUACCGCAGGAGUGCUUCGUUUUCACAAGACUGCAAAGAUUUCCACUCAGAACUGGCACACCAUUCAAUACUCUCCCGACUUCAUCAUCUUCACGUACACUCGUGAGGUCUACCUCCUGAUGAAACGCGCAUACAGUAACUGUUCCGUGAAGGAUUUCACUUGGUGACUCAUCACGUUGAAAACCGACAUUCAAGGCGGAAACGAACUGGAUCUUUCACUGGUGUAUGUAGUUGGUGCUGUAUUAUUUGAAUCUGUUUCUUGGUGGUCAACAGGGCUGGCGGAAGCUAUAAUGAUUCAUUACCCGGUAUGGUAUAACAGUCAUAUAUUCCUGUAUUCGAGGCGGUACGGGUUUUUUUUAUAUGACGACAGUGCGUGAGGACUCUAAGGAGCUGUAAGGAUGUUCAGUGUGACGUUGCAGUGACAGUCAAGAAACACAUGAAAAGAGAGAAACCUUAUAGACAGUGCUAUACGCUGUGAUAUGUAGACAAAUAUUAGGCAGGAUACGAAGGAAGACAUAGUGCUAACUUUUGGUCAAAUUCGGCAAAUUUGAUUCUCCUAAAAAGCAUUAAACCUAUUUCUCACAUAUAGCUUCUGCAUCACAUUGGAUUGGAUUGGAUUAAAAGUAAUAUGGAGACUUCGGAAAACGGUAUCUGUACGUAUAGUUCACCUCAGUGGUAAUUGGAUACGCGAAAUGUUUCCUACUACCUAACAAUUAACUGAGUUUCCUUGCAACCCGCACUUUCCAGACCAGUCAACCGUGCAACACUUGCAUUGAGGACAGCCCCGAAUAUCUGCCAGUGCUAAGAACGACAAAUACUCGAAACGUCACCAAGAAGCGGGUAAUCCAACCGCAAGCACCGUUCAUUGGCGAAAAGUUAUCGCAAGGCUCAGCCAUGCCACGUGAUGACGCGUUUCGCUCGCGAAGCCAUCGCGAACAGAUUCGAACCUCGAAGGAGCGAUGACGCGCGCGUUUUUUCGUUUCGCCACAUUUCGCCGCGGUAUUUUCGUGCAAUAACAGUUACCCAUCAACGCGAAGCAAUUGACGACCACGAGGCUGUGUGUUUGAAAUAACGAGUGUAAGCCCGGAGUAGAAGACACUCACUUCAUGAUAGUUGCACGCCUUCUUUUCUGAGUGUUGUACUUGUAGAUAAUGUACAAAUACAGAGGUUAUGUAGCCAGUAAUACAUCCUUAUGUUUAUAGCACCUGGGAAGGAAACAUCAAUAUGGUUCUUACUCUUUGUACAUAUAAUAUGAUGGCGUUUGUAAAUAGUUCGCUUUCCUUAACUACUCAGCUAUUACCACUAUGAAAAGAGUGGGUGAACCUGUCACAAGUGAAGUGAUGCAGCAGCUCACACACUAUAGUUUCUGUAAAAGGUUAAAAAAGAGUUCAUGUACUGAAAUAUGCGUACUCAGACCAAUAUUUUCCUAAGUAUAAAGCGUUUCAGUAGUAAUUUGUCGAUGUCAGCUAGAUUAUACCCAAAAUAUAGUGAUUUAAAGGGGCACUAACCGUGUAUUCACACGAGCGACAUCCUCAUGGAAUAUUCUAGUGGAACAAAAAGCGAAAACACUGCUCACGGAGCCGUAGUUCCGUCCCGUGUUAUGUUGAGCAUUCACACGGUGCCGGAAUAUCGGGAGUGGCGUACUGCUCACUUAGCAGACGACACUUAGCAGAUGACACCGACAGCGUCUUUUCCUGUCGUCUGCUACGGAAUAUCUUGUGGCUGUGUCGCAGGAUAUUCCCCACGGUUAGCAGUGCAGUUGAAGACACGACGUUGUGCGCUCGCGAUCACGUGACAGCAGAAAGCUAUGACGUUUUUCGCAUCUUCCACAGCGGCAUUGUGGGGGAUGUCGCUCGCGUGAAUACAUGGUGUAGUGCAAAAAUAUCUCUUCGCGGAAUGGAAGUUGCCGUUACCUUGACACCAUCAUAGAAUGAACGAGGUUCAUUCGUUGCGUCGU